GGGACGGAGGGAGUACUAACUUUUCCCUUUCUGUUAAGUUUGGACACAUGUUUGCGGCACAUGAAAAUGUUUAACCAUUUCUGAUAAUCAAACUCAUCAACCUGUUUUUCUAUGACUUCAUUUGGCAACAAAACAAAUAUACAAUCGCUGCAAAUUGAGAUAAAGUACUGUUUCUUUCCUCUGCAGUGCUUCUUGGGAGCUGGCUCACAUUUUGACCAUGAAUUUGAAUUCAAAACAUAUGUUGAUUUCAAUUUCAAUUUCAAAACUUCAAAACAACAGCAGAGAGCACAUCUUCUCCAACUAUAAAAUAGGCUAAUUAUCAUCACCUGAAUCUUGACAGUUUUUCAUCAUUAAGCGAUAAUGUUUCUGGUUCCUAUGGGAAACGAAGAAGGCGGGUGGUUCCUAGCAAUAAAGAGAGAACUCCAACAGCUCAAGGUCAAUAUCUUAGUAGUGGUAAUACUUCUGGGAAUCCACCUUCAACGCCAUCAGUACCUCCUAGAUUGUUUCAAAGUGGGUUUUAGGAAGAUUGAUCCUGACCAUGGGUCAUUUUUAAGAGGUCAGAAACAUCUUCUACCAAGAAUUCACUGUCGCAAGCCAAUUCAUAGCCAUUCUGCACAUCAACAAGGUCCAUUGAAUGAUUCAGAAAGACAGGAACUUGAAGAUGAAAUCGUGAAGCUCAAACAUGAUAAGCAUUUGCUUCCAUUAGAGUUACAAAGGCAUAAGGAGGAGAGUCAAGGAUUUGAAAUUGAAGUGCAUUCCCUAUCGGAGUGUUUGAAAAACAUAGAAAAUCGGCAGAGAAAUACUAUUACAUUCCUCGCCCAAAUACUGCAGAAACACGGUACUGAAUCAGGAUUUAAGAUUCAGGUUAGGUUAGUAAUUUUUGGAGGCAAAAAUAAUUUUUGUGGAUUAGUUUCGGCUCUCUUGAUUCGGCAAGAAAGCUACAUGUAUAGUGUUUCCGUUUCUCUACCUUCGAUUUUAUGAUUCAAUCUUUGUGAUAAUACUUAAAUUUGUUUCUAUCCACAUUAUUUUAUUGUAGUCUUCCCUGCUACACUCUUCUCUAGAGCCUCUUUGCUCUCCACCUCAAUCUGUUUUCAAGUUAAGAGUGUCACUCAGAAAUUGUUUUCUUGAUUUUAUUGUACCUUAAUUAAAUCUCAAAGAUGAAUUAUUUAGCUAUAUUGUUAUAAUGAU